ACCGCCCUUGUCUAUACGUCAGUGUGCGACUGCGCCACCAAGUUUGCCACCAUGGCUGACGAAACAGCAAAAGCGCAGGUGGCUCAGCCUGGCGGAGACACAAUAUUUGGGAAAAUCAUACGCAAAGAAAUCCCUGCGAAAGUCAUCUACGAGGACGACCGGUGCGUGGCCUUUCCUGACAUUUCCCCCCAGGCGCCAACUCACAUCCUGGUGGUCCCCAAAAAGCCAAUCGUCCAGCUGUCAAAAGCGGAGGAUGGUGAUGCUGCACUUCUGGGCCACUUGCUGAUCGUGGCCAAGAAGUGCGCCGAGCAGGCGGGCUUAGCCAAAGGCUACAGGAUCGUCAUCAACGAUGGGCCUGACGGCGGCCAGUCGGUCUACCACGUCCACAUUCACGUCCUGGGGGGCCGUGUCAUGAAGUGGCCCCCCGGCUGACACCUCCGCGCCACAAUGUCUUUUCCUGUGGUUGAAGUGAAUGUGUUUGUUUAACUGUGGUAAUAAAAUUGGUUGAGAGCAUUCAAAA